UCCAUAGCCUUGCUUUGGUUCCGUCCAACUGCCAUCCUGCCGCGACUACUCGGUCCUCACCGCAUCCUGCACCUCCCCCGACGAUACAUCUCCCUGCCAUCUGCACUUGAGCCCUCUCCAUGAUGCUUGCCGACUCACGCCCUGCCAGCGACCUGUCGAGUCUGCUGACACCGCCCUCGACGACGCCGCCCUCGCCCAUCCCAUGCCACCGACCGGCCCUCAUCGCCGAGCCACCGAGCCCGCCCUCGAGCUGUCCUGACGAUGCUGUAGAGACUCUCUCCGAUGGCUCUGUCGGCUGCAGAUCCAAACGGCGGGCCUUGGACAUGGGCAUGGGCAUGGGCAUGAACAUGGACAUGGACACGGACGAGCCCAAGAGCCCUCUGGACCAGGACAGUCUCUCCCAUACGGCACAAGAGUAUUCGUUCCCACCCAGCACCCUGAGCAGCACCAGCAGCACCAGCAGCACCACCAGCACCACCAGCACCACCAGCACCACCAGCACCACCAGCACCACCAGCACCAGCACCCUCUUCCGGAGCACCCCCAAGGCGGGCCCAAAGCGGCCCAAGAACCGCUCCUUCCCCAAGAAGCAGAACCGCCAGUGCGACUACUGCUCCGUCACAACCACUCCGAUGUGGCGGCAUGGCCCCAUCCACUACCCGACCCUCUGCAACUCGUGCGGUGUCAAGUGGAAGCGUGGCAAGAUCCUGCAGCAUCUGCCUCCCGUCAAGCACUUUCACAUCAUGGGCGAGUCCGACAACCCCGAGUUGAUCCUGAAAAAGUACCCAAGGGACCCGCCGGCGCUGUCGCAAACCUCGAUGGCUUAUGCCGGCCGUCCGCUGUCCCCUCCGCCGUCGCCGCCGUUCGUGAACGUUGUGUGCUCGGGCGUCCUCCCGACCACCUCGCAAGUCGGCGAGCUGUCUGCUCUGCUCUCGGCGCUACCGCCGCAGAAGCUCAGCGUCGUCGUCAACUUUAUCCUCAGCCACUUGGUUUCCCACGACUCGAAGCGCGGUUUUGACCGUGGUGCCGAGAUUGACUUUGAUCUCAACCAGCUGGACGUGCAGCUCUUUGAGCAGCUCUUCCAGGUGGCCUCGGAUUUGAGGGUCAAUUAGUGCGGGCCCUGUCCAGUUGCGCUCUGCCAUCGCCGAGACUGACUGGGACUGGGAGUGCAUCUUGUUGCUUUCAAUCCCAUCUUCUCCCAUCGGCGACUCGAUUCGGCGCCUUGCUCGGCAACUUUCCCGCAAACUAUUUAUCGCCUGCCUACUCCUCCUCCUCCUCCUCCCUCCUCCUCCUCCAUCCCGACUGCACAUUCUCUUCUCCUUCCCGUGCACGAUCCUG